CCGAAGGCGCGGGAGGUUCACGAUUCCUGACUUGUGAUUGGGCGAGAUCGACUUCACGGCACGUAUAUAGUUACAUGUGCCUCCUUAAAAAGCAACUUUUGACAGUUAUGAGCGUGUGGACACCGAGGCCGGUCCUCUCGGGGUUUCGCAAGUUUAUUUAAUAGCCUAUGACUCAAUAUGACUCAUCUGAACUGUUGAACGAUAUAAAGACAAGGCAAGAUUUUUUUAGCCUACUGAACUAAUGUGGUAUUGUGUAACAACAUUACAAGAGGGCUGCUAGGCUAUCAAUUGAACAUGGCACUGCACAUAACCAGCUAAUGUUUUGUCAACAUCUUUUUAUUUUCAGCGAGAACAUGGUGUCUGUUCAUAUUUUAGACUGCAUUACUAAAGUGAGAAGAGAUUUUGCUUCUUAGUCUCUCAACACGUCUUCCUUAAAAUCAUCGAGAACAAAUAAUCCCUCGGAUACAGAAUGUUUCCUCUAGACUCGCCAUGGAAUAUAUCAUUCGCCGGUUGUGGGUUUCUUGGUAUUUAUCAUGUCGGAGUCGCCAGCUGUUUGCAGGAACAGGCACCUUUUCUUGUUGAAAAUGCCCAGCACGUCUACGGCGCCUCCGCGGGAGCUCUGACUGCGUCAGCGCUCGUCAGUGGGGCUUGCAUGGGAGCGACAGGGGCCCAAAUUAUUGAUGUGGCAAAGGAAGCACGGAAGCGAUUUCUGGGGCCGAUGCACCCCUCUUUUAAUGUGGUAAAGAUCAUGAGGACCCUGCUUCUUCGCAUGCUGCCCCCUGAUGCCUACAGCAAGGCCACAGGCAAGCUGGGUAUCUCCCUCACCCGCGUCACUGAUGGGGAGAACGUACUGGUCUCACACUUUAGCUGCAACGAGGAACUGGUGCAAGCGUGUGUUUGCAGUACUUUCAUCCCAGUGUAUUCUGGCCUUAUACCUCCUACAUUCCAGGGAGUGCGGUAUGUGGAUGGAGGAAUCAGUGAUAAUUUGCCUCAGUAUGAGCUGAAGAACACCAUCACGGUUUCUCCGUUCUCAGGGGAGAGUGACAUCUGCCCUCGAGAUGCCAGCUCCACCAACCUGCAUGAGCUGAGAUUUACCAACACCUCCAUACAGUUCACACUCUCCAACCUGUACAGAGUGUCCAGAGCCCUGUUCCCUCCUGACGCAUUGGUAAUGAAGACCAUGUGUGAGCAAGGAUACAAAGAUGCCUUGCGAUUCCUAAAGAAAAAUGGCCUGCUGCAGUUCCGAUGUCCACACCGCCCGUUACAUAACAGUGAUGAGGAGGCUAAGCAAAACAUUGAGAAUGAGGAUGGUGAGGAAAGACAAAGAGAGGAGCUGGUGCCAGAUGCUCCUUCAAGCGUGGAAGACCACAUCUUUGAACACUUACCACCACAGCUGCAUAGAGCAUUGGUGGAGGCCUGUAGGGAAAGACAGAGCCCCUUAAAGUCUCUAAGCAACAUGUUCCCGAUCAGGAUGCUGUCAACCAUCUUGUUGCCUUAUACCCUACCUUUGGAGUCAGCUUUAUCACAGAGUAUCAGGUUGUUGGAGUGGCUGCCUGAUGUCCAGGAGGAUGUAGGCUGGAUUAAAGAGCAGACAGUGAAGGUGUUGAAGUAUGUUUUGCAUCAUGCUAGUAGGAGUGUGUCCCAGCAAGUCUCUGCAAGACUCUCCAAUCAGCUGUCGCUGAGGCACUCUCAGUCUGCACCGGCUGCCUCCAGUGCUGCCAGCCUGCUGCCGGGAUGGGUGUCUGGGGGCAGCUCAUCCAUGCUGGAUGCCAUCCAGCGGCUAGAGCAGUAUCAGCGGCAGCUGUUUGUGGGCCUCGCCUGCAUUAAUCUGGACCUACGUGGCUCCUUCUGCUCUGGGCCAACCUCGCCCACCUCCACCUCCACCUCCACCUCCACACAUCCAGCCACCCAAGAAGAGAUGGAUGAAGGGCUGACCAUGCGUCCUGUGGGCUGCCCUAUCUCUACCUUUCACAGAACACACCCCUCAGAGUAGCAUCAUAUCCCAGAGUGCAUUGCUUCAGUCAUGGAAGAUCUACUGUCUACUGUGUGGUCAUGUGAUGAUGCGGAACCUCUAGACGUCCUGGAAGAACUAUGAGCUUAGAAUCCUAAAUCAGAUCUCCUACCAAAGCAAUGACAGAUGUCAUAAGCAAACUAUCAAAUGUUUUACAAAGCAAGAAGUAUGAAUAAGCUGUGAUUAUUUAUUGUCUCAUUAAGAUGAACACAACUGGAGGUGAUAAGGCAUUUGUGUGAUUCUUUAAAUGGACUCGAGAUGUUUAUGUGUAAUUAAAUGUCCCUUGGGUAUAUCAUCCUUAUAAUAUAUUUGCAGUCUUUAGCAUAGUCUUUAGGUACUUCACUUGAAACUUAAUGUUCAUUUUAUUACUCCCAAUACUGCUGUUGCUGUGGGUCAUCAUGGAACAGUGCCUUAACAACAGUGCAGUAAAGUACUGUGCUGUCCACCAUGCAGAGGAAAUGAGAAAUUACAGCAUGACAAAUUCAAGUCAGCUCCGGCUAUUGAAAAGAAGUCUGUCAUUAACGUUUGCCAGCUUCACCCAUGGACUGCAAUCUAAACUUUAUUGUGAACUGUCUGAAGAUGCAUUUGGGGAAAUGUCCAUUCUCUAAAGAUCUUCAGCUUCCUGUUUCUACUUUCUCUGUUUCUGGAAUAAAGGACAAUAGGUUGGGGGAGUGUCUUCCUGCUCCAUCUGCUUGGAGGCUGCAGGACUGGGCUCUGUGAAAGCCAGGUCAGUGAGCUCUGUUCAAGAGUAACAGGCUGGAAUACUGUGUCUGGGAGAUACAGGAAUCUGGGGUUGGACGAUGUGUGUGUACACUAAGCAGGUUGUGUUGUGCUCUUUGGGGUUAAUAGCGCAGUAAAAAGGACUGCGUUGUGAGGGACUGGAGUUCAGACCAAGGGCUGUAAGAUCGACCAUCACUUUUCCAAUAUUUGUUCAAAUUGAUGACAGUAAAAUAUGGCUUAAAAAUAUAUAAGGCCCUUUGAACCAU